CGGGAGGGGAGGGGAAAGCCGCUCAUCAUGUUUAGGGGCGAGGGGAGUCUCCUUGCCCGGGAACCCGGUCAGCGGCCCCGGCUGCCGCGGUCUCCGCCUCUGGGAAGCCGGUUGGAUUUUCCCCAUCUUACAGCACCUCGCAGGUCUCUUCUCUGAGCAGUACGUUGCCUGAGUGAGUGGAAACAUACAGAUCAGCUGCAGGUUUCUAUCUACAAAAACAGAGUGAAAGAGAAAGAAAAGGGUUGGGAAAGCAGAGACAAAUAUUGACCUGGACUUAGAGAAAGACAUCCAAUGGCUGAAUAAAGAACCCUGUUAAUGUUUUGGGAUAUUCUUUCAACUGGCUGGAACGAGAGCGGAUCAAAAGAAUGGGAAAUGCCAGCAGACCCUUUAGAAGAAUUGCUUAUUUCUUAUGCCUUUUAUCUGUGCUUUUGCUGACUGAAGGGAAGAAACCAGUGAAGCCAAAAUGUCCUGCCUGGUGUACUUGUACCAAAGAUAAUGCUUUAUGUGAAAAUGCCAGAUCUAUUCCUCGCAGCGUUCCGCCUGAUGUUAUCUCACUAUCCUUUGUGAGAUCUGCUUUUACUAAAAUCCCAGAAGGGAGUUUUUUGCUCACACCAUCUCUGCAGCUUCUGUUGUUUACGUCCAACACUUUUGAUGUUAUUAGUGAUGAUGCUUUCAUGGGCCUUCCUCAUCUAGAAUAUUUGUUCAUAGAGAACAACAACAUUAAGUCAAUUUCAAGAAAUACUUUCAGAGGACUGAAAUCUUUAAUUCACCUGAGUCUUGCAAAUAAUAAUCUCCAGUCACUUCCAAAAGACAUAUUUAAAGGCUUGGAUUCUUUAACAAAUGUAGAUCUUAGAGGCAAUGCAUUUAAUUGUGACUGCAAACUGAAGUGGUUAGUGGAGUGGCUGGGCAGCACCAAUGCAACUGUUGAAGACAUUUACUGUGAAAGCCCACCAGAAUAUAAGAAGCGCAAGAUCAACAGCCUCUCUCCAAAAGAGUUUGAUUGCAUUAUUACAGAAUUUGAAGUUUAUCAGUCCCUGCCAUACCAAUCUCUGUCAGUAGAUACUUUCUCAUAUAUGAAUGAUGAACACGUGGUUAUUGCUCAGCCUUUUACUGGAAAAUGCAUCUUCCUUGAAUGGGACCAUGUGGAAGUGAUGUUCAGGAAUUACGACAACAUUACAGGUACUUCAACUGUUGUGUGUAAACCUAUAGUUAUUGAGAGUCAGCUGUAUGUCAUUGUCGCACAGCUGUUUGGAGGCUCCCACAUAUAUAAAAGAGAUAUUUUUGCUAAUAAGUUUAUAAAAAUUCAAGAUAUUGAAAUCCUUAAAAUCCGAAAACCCAAUGACAUUGAAACUUUCAGGAUUGCUGAAGACUGGUAUUUUGUUGUUGCAGACAGUUCAAAGGCUGGUUUCACCACGGUUUACAAGUGGAAUGGGAAUGGAUUUUAUUCCCAUCAGUCUCUGCAUGCCUGGUACAGAGAUACUGAUGUGGAGUAUCUUGAGAUAUCUGGCAAACCACAUUUAAUUCUGUCAAGUAGUUCGCAAAGACCUGUAAUAUAUCAGUGGAACAAAGGAACAAAUGAAUUUGUUAAGCGGUUUGAUAUUCAAGAUAUGGAAGAUGCAUAUGCAGUGAAGCAUUUCAAGGUGAAAGAGGAUGUAUACAUUUGCUUAACAAGAUUUAUUGGGGACUCUAAAGUAAUGAAAUGGGGUGGUUCAGCAUUUCUGGAUUUACAAAGGAUGCCAUCCCGAGGGUCAAUGGUAUUCCAACCGCUUCAGAUAAAUAAUUAUCAAUAUGCCAUUCUUGGAAGUGAUUAUUCUUUCACUCAAGUCUAUUAUUGGGAUGCGGAAAAGGCAAAAUUUGUGAAGUUUCAAGAAUUAAACGUGCAGGCACCAAGAUCUUUCAUACAUGUCUCCAUCGAUAAACGAGAUUUUCUCUUUGCUUCAAGUUUUAAGGGAACUACAUUGAUUUAUAAACAUGUCAUAGUUGACUUAAGCGCAUGACACUCAUAAUUCUGAGAUUACAUCAGACUUUCUACCGUAAGCGGACAAAAUGAACUAAAUGCAUGAUGACUCUCUUAUCUUACUUCCAAAUGAAUGCCUUUAAAAAGUUGAGAUUGCUAGAACAAAGUAUUACUAGUAUCUUCAUCUUUAAUUGUCAAGUCUAGUGGUGUUGGAAGUUGCAUUUUUUAACAAAAAGAAAUUAAAUUAACUGUUCUUUGCAUCCACAAUAUGUAAAUACAUGUGCAACUGCAUCUGUUGCUAUAAAGAAUAUUAAGAUGUACUUUUCCAUUUAUUUAUUCACCUGUUUGAAACAACUGCCAAAUAAAAUGUUUACAUUUUGUGUCUUUCACAUUCCAAA